CUGAAAGAUAUGCAUAUUACUCAUUCAAUUAAUAUGUGUCAUGACCAAACUGCGGCAAAAUAUUCAUUUCUUUUGGCACAGUAAGGCAACAUUUAAAAAAUGUUCGUUCUAGACCUAAAUGCAGCACAUCACAACUCGGGAAUACUUCAGGAAAUACACGAAAAGGUGCGCAAAGUUUUCCAGAAAAGAGAAUUCAUUACCGUCCUUAUGUCGGAUGUAUUUUGCGCACGAACAAUACCAAGGAAUAAACAGAACAAAAGAAAACGCACGGCGAACCAUUUAUUUACGAAUCCAGAGAACCCAAUUGUGGGCUAAUAUUCAACUAUGGAACAUCAUUCAAGUCUCACAAGAGAAAACAUCAACCUAUUAUUCAAUCCGAAAAGUGUAACAAAUCGUUGAGCCGCAAUUUUUUCGACUUGAAAAGACACAUGAAAGGAUGCCUCGGAACUUCUUGUUAG